AUGUCCGAACCAUCCCAGGCAGACUCAACCGAGGAAGAGUCCGAAUCUGACGCCGCUCCCCAGGCUCCUUCACCCACGACCACUCCUCUCAAUCGAUCUAAUCAAACCUCUCGUCAUCAAACCCCUGCGCUUCGGAAUAGCCAAGCAGAGACUCGGAAAGGGGAGGUUGCGUGGGUCACGGUGGAGCAAUAUGAGGCUAUACUAGAAGAGAAACUCGGGUGGCUCACUCAACAAAUCAAACACAAGAACAUUUCGUUAUCGGUAUACGAUAUAUUCCAGGAGGCUGCCAACCGAGUACAGGAGGAGCUAGACCGGCUCAGGAAUGGCACAUUCGAAAACGAUCCUGACUCUUUGGUGCAAGUGAUCCUCCCGCCCAAGCGUUCGGCGAAUUCCCUCGGCAAACAACGAGCUCCCCCUCAAGCUUCUCCUAAGCCUACCUCCGGCUCUUCGAAGGAGUUACGUCGUCCUCCUGAAAUUGAGACAUCGACUUCGGCGAAUUCCCUCGGCAAAAGGCAAGGUUCUCCUGAGGCUACCUCCGGCUCGUCGAAGGAGUUACGUCGUCCCCCUGGAAUCGAGACAUCGACUUCGAAGUCUCGUAAAGUGUCUGGAUCAAACACCCCUGAGCCCAGACCCAAGUUGCCGCGCGAGGCCAAGAAGAGGGGUGAACUCUCAAGGGUUGCUUCUGGAUCCGCCGACUACCGACCCCCUUUGAGACGACGUUCCCCUCGUCGAGCUACGAAAUCUCUUUCUCCUCCCCCAGUAUACACUCCGAAUCCAGCAACCUCGGCCGCCAACGUCAAUGCCUUAUUCGCGAAGGUAUCUAACAACAUCGUGGAAUACAGCAGAUCACCAUCUUCUAUACCUGUCAUGGUAGAGGACGAUUCCAAUACCUUCUAUAAAUUCUUUCGCACUCCAUUCGAGCAUCCACCUCGAGACCAACCACUCGACUCCCCUCUAGUCAACUAUGUCACUGAAGCUUGGGAUACCGCGAUGCCAUCGGACAGAUUCCGUCGAGAGUUCCUGCGUAGUGGAUUCAACGCCUAUCAACUCAUAUUUUCUUGGUUUGCUGGUGUCAGAAGAGAUCCUCGCUGGACAGCUUCAGACACCAUGGCGAUGAUGGAUCGCUUUGAGGCGCUCCUGAAACUUUUGAAGUUGUCAGUGGUGCCCUUUGGAACGGUCCAACAAGAGCCUCAGCGUUCCCCAUCCCCAACUCCCUCUGCCCAAGGACGUAUGGAAGACCCACCGCCAGAAUGUAUGGAAGACCCACCGCCUAUGCUCAACCCUAUGCCCACCUAUUUGGAAGAGGUACUCUCUGAAAUCGAGACUAUCGCUCUUGAACCCUCAAAUAUACCUGCCGGCCAACCUGACGGCGAGUUCCAUGACUACUUCCGUGGACCCUUUUUUCCCACUGAGCCUUAUGAAGACGACAAACUCUGGGAUCAGGCCUGUGAUAAGCCGUUUGAAGCCAAGUUACGAGGUGCUCUCGUACUCCUCAAAAAGGCUGUUCUACCCAGUACCACUCACCCCGGCGAUACGUCACGCAAUAAUUCCACUGCGAAUGCCCAUGCUCCGCAUCCUGGUUUUAAUGAAACCACCGUAAAUCCAGGAACUCUACCCCAAACCACUCCUCAACAGCCUCCUGACCCACCCAAUACUUCCACUUCAAAUGCCGGUGCUCCUCAUCCUGGUUCUAAUGAAGAUACGGUUGUUGAUCCUGAUGAGGAUCCACUCGAAGGAAAUGCGGGAACUCUACCCCAAACCUCUCCUCCAGAGCCUCCUGAGGAACAAGGUACUGACAAGGAUCAAGCCGAAGACCAACGCAAUACUUCCACUUCAAAUGCCGGUGCUCCUCAUCCUGGUUCUAAUGAAGAUACGGUUGUUGAUCCUGAUGAGGAUCCACUCGAAGGCAAUUUGGGAACUCUACCCCAAACCACUCCCCAACAGCCACCUGGUACUGACAAGGAACAAGCCGAAGACCAUCCACCUCAAACUACUUCUCAAAAUACUCCCGAGAAAAAAGCCCCUGACAAGGAUCAGGACAAAGAAAAUUUACCUCCAACCCCUUCUCGAAAGACUCCUGAGCGUGCAGGUAACCCUCCCGCCUCCAACCUACCUCUACCAGCACAGAUCCUUUCUGUUGCUCCGGGACCUUCCAAUUCUCCUGCUCGCUCAAGCCCAACUCGUGUGCCUCUAUUCAAUCCAGCCUCUACCAAUUCUCAGCCCAGUCCUACUCUUCGGCAACCUAGUCCUUCAACAACGUAUCCCAAACCGAUUCCUGACUCUUUGGAAGCGGUACUCUCUGAUAUCGAGACAUUAGCCGAGAAGACCACGCUCCCUGUUGCCGAACGGGACAGCGAAUUCCACGAGCUAUUCAGGCAUUCUUUCAGGCCGAAGGAGCCCUACGAGGACCACGAACUCUGGGAUCAAGUUGAUGUCAUCUUGAAUGCACGAAUUGGUCCUGAUGUCCUCCCUCGAACCCUUCACCGAGGACAAUACGGUAUCGACGGCCUGUUUCGACAUUGGCUUGCACCUAUUCGAGCUUUACGGGGGUGGGAUGCUCACUGUGAUCAGUCUGUCGAAGCAAAGUUAAGAGGUGUUGUUGCCCUCCUAAAACGGAAAGUCAAGCCUCCUCAAGUUGCUCCUCCAGGUGUCGACCCUCGGCUCCUCGAACCAUCAACAUCAUCCCAACAGUCCAGUUCUCAGUCUACCUCCACUCUGAUGCCUCUUAAAAGGCCUAUUGAAGCCAACUCGCAAGUCACUCCUGAUCCGAAGAAAACUAAACUCGACUCUUCAACCGGUCAUUCUCAAGAUGAGCAGGUUCCUCAAUCAGUCCAGGAACCUGCCCCUACCGGCCUAUGGAUGAUGGCUCAGUCUCCUCUUUUUGGUCUCACUUCGGCUUCGAUUGAGGCAAACAAACUUGUGACACAAGAUGUACCCCAAGUUUACCGGGCUGCGAUCAACUUGCUCUUUUGGCGCAAACAAGGCAUCAAUUUGCCGGCCAAGCCCCCUGUCCAGGAAGCAGAGGCUUUUGGGGUGAAAAACAAGUUGUCAGUUACCAAGUGGCUUGCCAAAAACCCCAACUCACUCCUUGUGCGUAGUGCUGGCGAAGCGCCGUGGCAUCGCCCCGACAUUUUCAACUUCACCUUACCCGACUACGAGCUGGCAACUACCAUGGAUGCCACAGCUCAAACCUCCUACGUGCACGAGAUUCUGGGUUUGUUCUACAGUCCAGGUGCAAAGCGGAUAAACCAGGCGGUGCGGAUGAUAGUUGCAGCUGUUACAUUUGCCCGAAUGGACACCAACGAGCUUCCGGUGGACUACACUCUUCCUGAAGUUCAAUUUCCAAACCAAAACAUCGGGCAGUGUCUUCAAGCUGCUCAUCACUUCAAAAGCCUUCACGAGACUAAGCAGCAAACUCAAACUGUUGCAGAGUGUAUGGAAGUGAUGUCUGGGAUGGUCAAUCGUCUUUACACAGUCUUUGAGGCCGUUGCCAGUCUACAAGCAAAAUUUCACCAUGCUUUGCAUCUCAGUCAAACACCAGCUGAUAGACACGACCAGCUCCUCUCAGAAUACGAGGCAAUGACCGAAACACUGGGUACAGGCUCCAUCCCGUCUCAUGUUCUUGGACCUCUGGUUGCUUUUCUAGUGUCUGGUGUAAAAGGUCUCAUGAUUUUCCCGCACGAUAAAGGGCGAUAUGGUCCUGUGAAACUCUCUCAUUUCCUGGUCCUAGUUAACGAGAUGCAUGGGCAAGCACCGAUUGAGGAACCCAUCUGGAAAUACACCCAAAAGUACAUCCUGGAAACAAUGGAAAAAAUCUUUUUCCCCACAGGUUUUGACCCCUCCAACCUCAAUGAUGUUGAAUGGGAUGAGCAUGAAUUGUCCAAGUUCCAGCUCGCCAAAGCGCUGGAAGUAGACCUUUAUAACUUUUGUGUGAAUAGGCAAAAAUUCUCUGGCGGUGAGAUUUAUAAAGACGGUCUGUUUGACCUACCGGACAUUGAAGUUGGCAAAGAUCUUAAUAAAAAGAAAAAAUAA